ACUCGUGCAUCACACCAAAAAAUAAAAUAAAAUAAAACGGACGCCGGGAGCGGUCCGCCGGGAACGGGAGUAGUUGACGGUUAAAUUUCACCGGCAUUCCCCGGCACUCUCCGUCGUUCUCCGCACAAAUAACCACCGGAGCACGUCGGGUUUCGGGCUCGAGUUUAAGAAGAGCUGAAUCGAGCUGUCACGGGAAAUGGUACAAGCGCGUGGAGGCGAUUGCAGAGAUCGAGCGAAGCGGACGGCGGGGGACGGCGGAGGAGCAGCGGCGAACAAGGGAAUGCGACUCGGGAAGUACGAAUUGGGGAGGACGCUAGGCGAAGGGAAUUUCGGAAAAGUGAAGUUCGCCCGGGAAGUCGGCUCCGGCCAGUCCUUCGCCGUUAAAAUCCUCGAGAAGAAUCGCAUCAUUGACCUCCGUAUCACCGAUCAGAUAAAGAGAGAAAUUGGAACCUUGAAACUUCUUAAACAUCCAAAUGUGGUCAGGCUUCACGAGGUCUUGGCGAGCAAAACAAAGAUAUUCAUGGUGCUAGAGUACGUGAGCGGGGGAGAGUUGUUUGACCGAAUAGUAUCCAAAGGCAAACUCUCUGAGGAAGAAGGUAGGAAGGUCUUCCAGCAGUUGAUUGAUGGUGUUGGCUACUGCCAUAGCAAAGGAGUUUUCCACAGAGAUCUUAAGCUAGAAAAUGUGCUGGCUGAUGGGACUGGGAGAAUUAAGAUCACAGAUUUUGGCCUCAGUGCAUUACCUCAACAUUUUAGGGACGACGGGUUGCUGCACACGACGUGUGGAAGUCCCAACUAUGUUGCGCCUGAAAUUCUUUCAAACAGAGGGUACGAUGGCGCCACGUCAGAUACCUGGUCGGUCGGUGUCAUCUUGUACGUUAUUCUCACAGGAUAUUUACCCUUUGAUGAUCGAAAUCUAGCAGUGCUUUAUCAGAAGAUAUUCAAGGGUGAUGCUCAUAUCCCAAAAUCACUAUCUUCGGGGGCACGCCACCUCAUCAAGAGGAUGCUGGAUCCCAACCCAAGUACGCGUAUAACCAUUGCUGAGAUCAAAGAACAUGAGUGGUUUAAACUAGGGUACUGUCCUGCAAAUCCCGAAGAAGAAGAAGACAAUGCAGCCAUUGAUAGUGAAAUCUUAGCAGUAAAUGAAGCUCCACUGGAUGGAGAGAGAUAUCCCGAAUCACCUCCAACACUUAUUAAUGCUUUUCAGCUGAUUGGAAUGUCUUCCUGUUUGGAUCUUUCAGGCUUCUUUGAGAAAGAGGACGUCUCGGAAAGGAAGAUCAGGUUUACAUCCAACCUCGCUCCGAGAGAGCUGUUCGAGAGGAUUGAAAAUACAGUAACGAAUAUGGGAUUUCAAACCCAAAGAAAGCAUGGAAAGCUGAAAGUGAUCCAGAGAAACACAGCUGAAAAGAGCCCUCAAAGUCUCUUAGUAGCUGCAGAAGUGUUUGAAAUCAGCCCUUCCUGGUACGUCGUAGAGCUGCUGAAAUCGCAUGGGGACUCCCUUGUUUAUAGACAGUUGUGUAAAAAGUUAUGUAAUGAUUUGAGCGUUUGCCGUAGUGAAGAGCUCCUUACAGCCCAGGUCUAAGAGCUCACCCCAAGAGACUGAAGAAGACAGAAAACAAGUCACUGCAGUGACAGCUAUAUCAAUUGUUUUUGCUUAUUUUUUCCUGUUGGCUUUAUUUAUUUAAUUUUAAUUAUUGUUUAAUAAAAAAAAUAAAAGGGUAUAAUAUGGGCAAAUGGAAUGCAUCAAGCCAGAAAAUAAACUAUCCCACUUUUUUGUUUUUGUUUUUUUACAGAUUGUUCUUUUUUUUUGGCAAUUGUUACUACCACUUGUUGGCAAUUGCUCUUUUGUUUGAUUUUAGUGAAAAUGUAAGAUUAUGUAAGAAUAGAGAAUGGCAAUUGAUCAUUCAUUUUCAUGCUCAUUUAUUUCUUAUGGUGUGGCUCAUUCCUCAUUG